CCUCUCUCCCUCCCUCUCCUUUCCUCUCCCUUUCCCGCCUUCUCGCUCUCGAUUGUCUCCCCCCUCUCCUCCUCUGCUUCAGCCCAUGCGCACCCCUCCCUCGCCCGCUCUCCCCAGGGACUGCCGCACCCGGCUGGCGGCAGGGGUGAGGGGGGCAAAGACUGUCGACGCGACAUUGGUGGCAACCGAGCGUGGCAAACAAGGCUAAGCGAAAGGGCAGAAGGGCAACCACCAUCCAGGCACAGGCACAGGCCUUUUUUACCCCCCCUCCCCUCCCCCGGCCUCAACACAGCCCGCCCAGUCAACCAUUCAAAUGCGUCCCCUGACUGCCUCCUCUUCUCGCCCUCACACGCAUUUCUCCUCCUCCUCCCCACCAGCGUGUAUCGGUCUGUAAAGGAUGGAGGGGUGUGUUGCCGCAUAUUCUAGACAUGUAUACAUGUAUCCCUGGAGCAGCCGUCCUUGCCUUCCUCCGCAUCAAUGCGUCGAGUUCAUCCGGCUGCAUGGUGCACUGUGUGUGGACUGCUGUCUGUACAACCCAUGCAUCGCAUUCGUCGACUCCACAGAUGGCUCAAUUGCUCUCGACGGAUGGCACACGGGGCGUCAGAGCAAAAGGGAAAGGGAAUGAGCACGUAAUAGACGCUCCGCAGCGCUGCCCAAGUGGCCCAGCUCGAUUUUUAUUUUAUUUUUUAUCUUUGCUGAUGGUCAUCAUCUGUGACUCCCUCCGUGUUUCCUUCUUGAGUUGAGUUGCAUGCAUCCGCCUCUCCCCCUCACAACUCUGUUUCGAAUCCGGGUGGUCAAUGGCUGUUCCAAACCUCGCUAUUUUUGAACCUUCUGCCACGCGAGACGCUGGUAUACUCUCUCUCUGCUGGACAUGUACCAUCGCUGCUGGUCUGGACAGACAAGAUAAAAAGCGGCCCCACUGCAUGCUCUGCUCUUCCCUCUCUCAAUCUUCUUCAUCGCGAACUCAGACGCUCAGCUGCCCUGAAUCGACCCCGGACUUCGGUUUGACUGAAAAUGGAAAUCACAGCAGCGGUACUCUAAACAAAAAAAAAAAAAAAAAAAAAAA